AUGAACGGCGACAGCUACUCGUCUCGAGAGGUCGGGACUAUCCUAGGGGAUCGUGACGAGCGCCGUGAUCGUCAUAUGGACCGGGACCGCGAUCGCAAUCGCGAGCAGGAGCGUGAUCAUCAUGACCGCGAGCGCCAUCGUGAUCGCGACCGUGACCGCGACCGCGACCGAAACCGCGAGAGACCUCGUGACGUAAUCCGCGAAAGAAGACGCUCUAGAUCUCCAGAUCACCGUGGAACCCGUCGAAUGGGUGGAGAUGCCGAUGCAUACUCCUCUAGCCGAAGCCAUCGAGACCGUGAACGGGAAGACCGUUAUGGCGGAGGUGGUCCUCGCGAUCGUCGAGGUGAUCGUGAGUGGGACCGCGACCGAGGUGCGAGCCGCCGCGACCCACGGCGUGACGAUGAAGAGAGGCCAAGCAGAAUGGAGCGAGAUCCGUACGACGACCGCCGACGCGGCGGGAGAGAUCGGCGAGACGACGGUGGCUUUGGCAGGCCCGAACCCCGGCGGAGCCCAACUCCUCCUGCCAAGCGAGAGCCCACGCCAGAUUUGACGGACAUCGUCUCCGUCCUGGAUCGCAAGAGACGUUUGACCCAGUGGGACAUCAAGCCACCAGGUUAUGACCUUGUGACGGCCGAACAGGCCAAGCUCUCUGGCAUGUUCCCCCUUCCCGGUGCACCACGCCAGCAACCCAUGGACCCGUCCAAACUGCAGGCUAUGAUGAGUCAGCCAGGCAACCAGGUGACGAGCGCUGGCUUGAAGGCAAGCAACUCUCGGCAGUCGAAGCGUCUUAUUGUCUCCAACUUCAGCCAGGCGGUUACGGAGGAUGAUUUGAUCUCUUUCUUCAACCUUCAGCUGAACGGACUCAACGUCAUCGAGACGCGCGACCCUUGCGUCCUGUGCCAUUUCUCAACCGAUCGCUCAUUUGCCGUCCUCGAAUUCAAGGAGGCGCUUGAUGCCACCGUCGCACUCGCUUUUGAUGGCACAAUUAUGGACGCCGACGACGCCGCCAACGGCUCCAAUCCAGAUACGGCUGGCCUCGUCAUAAAGCGACCCAACGACUACGUCAUGGCCGCCGUACCCGACGAAAUCAUUCCCCAUGACCCUAACGUUGUCUCCAAUUUCGUCCCCGACACGCUGCACAAGCUGAGCGUCACCAACAUUCCUCCCUUCCUGACAGAGGAGCAAGUCAUUGAGCUGCUUGCUGCAUUUGGAAAACUCAAAGCCUUUGUUCUCGUCAGGGACCGGGGCAGCGAGGAAUCCAGUGGAAUUGCCUUUGCCGAGUUUCUUGAACCUGGAACGGCAAACGAGCCGGCGCUCAGCACUUUGAACGGCAUGGAUGUCGGCGGAAGAAGGUUGAAGGUGGCCAAGGCUAGUUCUGGUUCGACUCAAGUGGCCAACUUUGAUAUCGGCAUCACCGCUAUCAGUGGUCUGGCAUCACAAUCCUCGGCGGAACCCCAGAGAAGCCGUGUUCUUCAACUCCUCAACAUGGUCACGGCAGAGGAGCUCCUGGACAAUGACGAUUAUGAAGAAAUUUGCGACGAUGUUCGAGGGGAAUGUGCUAAAUUUGGAACCAUUCUCGAUCUCAAGGUCCCCCGUCCUUCAGGUGGAAGUCGACAAUCUGCCGGCGUUGGCAAAAUAUUUGUCAAGUUCGAAUCCGCAGAAUCUACCAACAAGGCGCUGAAUGCCCUCGCUGGACGAAAAUUUGCGGACAGAACCGUUGUCACUACAUUCUUCCCCGAGGAGAACUUUGAUGUCGGCGCUUGGUGA